AUGUCUGAAAAGAGAGAUAAGUUAACUGGCGACGAUACAACUUUCCGUGGAGGAAAUCGAAGAAACGUAUAUGUUUACGUAAUUGGUGGGAUAAUCCUUGUUGCUGCUGGAUUUACUAUUGGUAUUCUAAUCGGAAUAUUUACUCAGAAAGCUGCUUUUCAAGGCCAGCAAUCAAGCGGAACAACUGCACCACCGCCAUCUUACGUAAAAUCAAUUUGCAAUGCAAAAGUUAAACCAUUACUUUUGAUCUCUGUGGAUGGAUUCCGUUGGGACUAUCACAAACGUGGUUUCUCUCCUAACUUGACCGCGUUCGGUAAGGCUACCGAGAGUAGGGGCAGGCUUCCUACUUUAUGUGUUAAUCAAAUUUACAAUUAUAAUUUAGCAAGCCGAGGUGUUCGAGCGGAUUAUAUGCAAUCAUGUUUCCCUACAAAAACUUUCCCCAAUCAUUACAGUAUUGUGACUGGACUGUAUCCGGCCCACCAUGGCAUCGUGGCGAAUACAUUCUUUGAUCCCCAACUCAAUGAUAAAUUCUAUAUUGGCGCUAAGAAUAGCACCCAAUCUAAAUGGUGGGGAGGUGAACCUAUAUGGGUUACUGCAAGGAAAAAUAACUUAAAAGCCGCAAGUUACUUCUGGGUUGGUUCUGAAUCGGAAAUUAAAGGUAUGAGAAAAACAUGUUGUUCAAGGAUGAUUUACCUCGAUCAAUUUAUCAAUAUUACAACCAACGAUAUCAUUAAUCGCGGAACUUUUGGAGGAAUUCGUGUUAAAGGAGGAAAUGCAACUGAAAUUGCUGAAAAGUUAAGAUGUAAGAGCAAAUUCUGGAGAGUUUAUAAGAAGGAGGAUAUGCCUGUUCGAUUCCAUUAUGAUAAUAACAGUCGUAUUCCGGAUGUAAUUAUUUUACCUAAUGAGAAUUGGCUUGUGAGACCUUCAUAUAAUCCAAGAUAUACAUUUUGUAACGGUGCUAACCAUGGCUGGGAUAAUUUAGAUACUGAUAUGAGGACAAUCUUCAUGGCUGCUGGUCCUGGCUUCAAGAAAGCCAAAGUAAUUAAACCGUUCAAGAAUAUUGAAUUAUACAACGUUAUGGCAGCCUUACUGGGUGUAAAACCGGCUAAGAAUGAUGGGAACAUGGGACGUUUGAAUAGUAUCUUAACCAAUCCCGUAGUUGUUACUGAUCCAAAUCUUGGCGAAGCAGGUAAAGUGUGCAGAGUACCUACCGAUCAGAUGGUUUUUGAUGAAAGAGCAAACUGUUCAGAAUGUGUAUGUCCAUAUUGCAAAGCCACGAUCAAUGUUCCUUUAUUCAAUAAAGGCCUAAUAAUGACCCCAAAAGAAGAACUGCAAUCUGAAAAUCGUAAUUUCCCGUGGGGUAUACCAAGAUUCCGAAAAUCGAUGGAUACCUGUACUCUGUAUCAAAAGCAUUUUAUUACCGGUUAUAGCAAUACUUAUCGUGUGCCAAUAUUUACUGGCUAUCAUCUAACUGAUGUGGAAACAUUGCGACCACUAAGUAGAAAGGAUUGCUUCCGACGUGAUAUUCGUUUAAAUAUUGCUACUCAAGCAUCUAAUUGCUCAAACUAUUAUAGAUCUGGAUAUAAUCGCGGCCAUUUAGCUCCUAAUGGCGGACUGAGUUUCGAUCUGGAAGCACAAGGCAAUUCUUUCCUCUUGUCCAAUAUUGCUCCUCAAAAAUAUCCUUUCAAUGCCGGUCCGUGGCUAGAUCUGGAAAAACUAAGCCGUGAUUGGGCCAAAAUUUUCGGUGGUGUUUACAUCAUUUCUGGCUCAAUUGUCAAGGCAGAUCCUAAAACCGUGUGGAGUGAUCCAUCCUAUUGGCUUAAAGGUGAAAUUGGUGGUGUAGUCAUUCCAACUCACUUCUACAAGAUUAUUGCCAAAUGUCGAGAUUCUGAUCAAGUCUUGUGCAAUUCUUCUGUCAUCACUUCCUCACCAUGCAAGGGCCACCUCGACGUUAUUGCUUUCGUUUUACCUCAUAUUGAUAGUUUUACACCACAGUGCCAGGUUUAUCACUCUAACCUAUUUCACCAUGUGGCCAGCGUUCGAGAAAUUGAGAAGUUGACUGGUCUUAACUUCUUCCCCAAUAUGCCUAUACAGUUGCAGGAUAUGAUUGAGAGCGAUUCUCCAACUGAUUUAUGGCCCACUUAUUAA